UCCUCCAGAAACAAGCAAUGAAAGCUCCGACAGGAGAAAAAGCAACUCAUCAACGAACAAAUAAUAGCUAGCUCUGGCACCCACCUAUGCAAGAGCUAUCCAGAGGGCAAAACAUAACCCACCACUGCGCGUCUGCGCCAUGCCCACGCCCUCGCGAUCCCAGCUGCUGCAAAUCCUCCUCAUUCUUGCAGGUGCAGCUGCCAUUGAUGGAAAAGAUGAGCAGCAGCCGAUCACAUAUCCGGGCUGCCCUGACAAGUGCGGCGACAUCAGCAUCCCAUUCCCCUUCGGCUUGAUGCCCGGCUGCUUCCGCGAGGGCUUCGAGGUCACCUGCGACCACUCAUUCGACCCCCCUCGCGCCUUCCUCGCCGACGGCGACCGGAACCGUAUCACGGUCACCGAGCGCGACGAGUCGCCGAUUUCCGACGGCUCCUAUCUGUCUAACUCCGAGUCCAACAUUUCCUACUGGCCGGUCGAGCUCAUGGACGUGUCGGUCGACCGAAGCGUGGCACGGGUGUACGGCCCGAUCACAUCCGCCUGCAGCACGAACAGCACCAACUACAAGCUGGAAGCUCAGGCCAUGACGCUCGGAAGCCUCACGGGGGGGCCGCUCGCCGUGUCGGAGGCGCUCAACGUCGUCGUCGGCGUCGGCUGGAAGGUCGGCGUCACGGACGGCUCGAGCUACACGUCGUCGUCGCUCGCCUGCCGCUCGGAGCUCCCCGGCGGCCACCUCGAGAGCGCGAGGAACGGCUCGUGCGCGGGGCACGGCUGCUGCGAGGCCGCCCUGCGCCAGGAGUCCUCCACCAGCUACGGCCCUGUCACCGAGGUCGCGCCGGAGCUUAGCCUCGAGAGCAACAACUCCCUGUGGGAGACCAGCCCGUGCUCCUACGCCAUGGUGGUCGAGAAGUCCGGCUACAACUUCUCCACGCCGGACUUGUACGGCGACAAGGCGCUGCCGGGGAGGUUCCCCAGGGGCGUCCCCGUCGUGCUCGACUUCGCCAUCGUCGGGGACGCCGCGUGCCCGCAGAAAGGCAAGCGGCCACCGCCGAACUAUGCGUGCGUCAGCAACAACAGCUACUGCGUCAACGCGACCGUCGGCCAGUCGGGCUAUGCUCUCAGCUACGUGUGCAAAUGCUCGGAGCACUACGAGGGCAACCCUUACAUCGCCAAUGGAUGCCAAGACAUCGACGAGUGCAAGUUUCCUGAUUUAUAUUAUUGCUCGAGCAAUGGCAUAUGUAAGAACAGGCAGGGAGGAUAUGAUUGCCCAUGCAAGCCUGGAAUGAAAGGCGAUGGCAAAUUAGGACACUGCGCAGAAAAAUUCCCCCUUGUAGCCAAGGUGAUUGUGGGUACAACCGGCUGUAUUUUUGUCAUUGUAGUAAUGUCAUUUAUAUUUCUUCUACGCAAAGAGAAAAAGAAGACGAGGGAGUUCUAUGAAAAAAAUGGUGGGCCAACACUAGAGAAAGCAAAAAUUAUAAAACUUUUCAAAAAGGAGGAGCUCAUGCCAAUUUUGAAAGAUAGCAAUUUUAUCGGAAAAGGUAAUUUCGGUGAAGUUUUCAAGGGCAAUCUUGGUAAUGAAGUAGUUGCAGUGAAGAAAACAAUUAAUGGUAAUCUGCUAGAGAAUGAACAAUUUGCAAACGAAGUCAUCAUCCAAUCUCAAGUCAUCCACCGGAACAUUGUUAGGCUCAUAGGUUGUUGCCUGGAAGUUGAUACACCGUUGCUAGUAUAUGAGUUCCUCUCCAAUGGUAGCCUCCAUGACAUUCUUCACAGCAAAGGCAAGAAGCCUCUGAACUUAGAUAUACGUUUAAGUAUUGCUGCACAAUCAGCAGAUGGUCUAGCUUACAUGCAUUCAAAAACGAACACUAAAAUCCUACAUGGCGACGUUAAACCAGCAAAUAUACUUUUGGAUGAUAAGUUCGUCCCCAAGAUCUCAGACUUUGGCAUAUCGAGGUUGAUUGCGAGAGACAGACAACACACUGCAAAAGUAAUCGGUGACAUGAGUUAUAUGGAUCCAGUAUAUCUGCAAUCAGGCCUCUUGACUGAAAAAAGUGAUGUCUACAGCUUUGGUGUUGUGCUCUUGGAACUUAUUAGUAGGAAGAAGGCAAUAGACUCAGACAACAAUAGCAUAGUGAAUGAUUUCCUUGAAGCUCAUAGAAGAGGGGAGAGAGCAACUGAGUUGUUUGACAGUCAAAUUGCAGUAGCAGAAGAUUUGGAGCUUCUUCAAAACCUAGCAGGGAUGGCAAUUGAAUGUCUCAACCUUGAUGUGGAUCAAAGGCCAGCUAUGACAGAUAUAGCACACCGACUUCUCAUAAUGAAAGAAUCCCGUAAUUCGUAAGGGGGUUCAAGUAAGUUGUUUGAUGUUCAUAUAUGUAUGCCGUCAAAUAAGCACAAGUAUUGAUGCAGCAGCAUUUUUUUAUUUUAAUUUUACUAGUUUGAGUAAAAUAUUGUCAAUGGAUGUAGGGGAUGAAAUUUGUAUCGUUGUCUUGUGUACCCAUGUUUUUAAGUUGCUAAAUAUACAUAUUUCACAAUA